UGAGAGAAAACGUAAGCUCGGAUCAUGGCCACAUCUCUGUAACAUACCAUCGAGCAGUGAGUUAGAAUCCUACGCCAGAGAAAGCAAAAAUUAUUUAUUGCAAAAGUGAAGCGUCUGGGAAACCGCGACAACUAGUUCCCGGAAAUCAAAUACCACCGUUCCAACUCAAUGCAGACGAAAAUAUGGUAUUGCCAAUCGUAAAAUUGGUUACUUUACUAAUCAGACAGUUUACACGACCAAUUGUCCAUAGACUUAGUGUAUUGUCAAAACGAAAUCAAACAUUUCGUUCAAUUAUUGUGCCAGUUGCUCAAAGGUAUCAUUCAAUGGAUUGCAUAGUACAAAGUAAAUUACUUGGUGUUGGUGAACGAGAAAAAUCAUUAUCAGAAGAUGAAGCCUUUGCCGUAGGUACAAAAUUACUUGGAGAAACAUUAGCUUAUGCAAUCUCUGCAUCAUUUCUGCUAUAUGAAUACAACAGGUCUUUAAAAAGAGAACAGCACAAGGAAGAAAAGAGAAAGGAUGAAAUAGAAACACUUCAAAGUCAAAUACAUGAGUAUGGAACGAGAACUGAAGCCGAAAUUAAAUAUCUGAGAAAAAGAAUAGUUGAAUUAGAAGAACAAAAUCUGAGUUUAGCAAAUUAUUUGUCCUCUUUAGAAUCAGGAUAAUGUUCGAUACAAGAAACGACUUUUAUAAUAUUGUGCCUGUAAAAUUUUACAUGUAUACUUAUCUGAAUAAUGUAGAAAUAGUACAUAA